AUGAGCUGGAGGGUUAGAGCAGUGCCAGGUCAUGGACACCCUGCAAUUCACAACAUCCCCCCCUUCUGGGCAUGCUUAGUUUCCUCCAUCUUCACCGUGCCCUCUGCAGCUCUGUUUAAAAGCCAGUCGGGAUGUUCCAGAGCUCCGCACAUGCCAUGCCCACGUUGGCCCUUCUCCCUGUGCCUGUCCCGCAGCAGCACGCCCCACCUGCAGCCCUGCGUGGCAUCAGACAUACAGGCGUGCCACUGCUCUGACACGCUCGUUUGUCUUCUGACCGCCACAGCAUAUGGAGAGGGCUGGCACUGCACAGAUGUCCACUAA